AUGGCAAACUGGUCUGAGCUCCAACCCGAACUCUUACAGCUGAUCAUGAACAAUCUCUCCUUCGUCAACAUCCUUCGAUUCAGAGCUGUUUGUUCUUUGUGGAAUCACGCUGCAAAAUCUUGUGCCACUUCAUCAUGUCCUCCUCCUCGAACCCCUAGUACUCCAUGGCUCAUGCUCCCUAGUAGUUAUGAAGAAAACGACAAAAACAACCCUGCCAGUGGAGCUCGUUGCUUCUACAGUCUUGAAGAACAGAAAGUUUACACCAUCAAGAGCGCGUUUCAAGACUAUGAUCAUGCUGCUGCUUUGCGUGGGUUCAUCACACGGGCUGUCCUCUCCUCUGACCCGACUCGUGACAACAACUUCGCUGUUGUGGUGAUUUAUAGUUUUUUUCCGUCAAAACUUGCAUUUUAUAAGCAUGCGGAGGAGGACAGCAGAAUCAGACGGACAGAAUUAAAUGGUGUGCAUGGAGGAUAUUGUGAUGUUAUUUUUCACAAUGAGCAGUUGUUUGCUUUGGCUGGGGAUGGCUCGGUUGAAGUCUGGGACUUCAUCAAGUCCUUUCCCAUCAAAAGCAUUGAUCUUGCUCAACCGUUUGCGGAGAUUGAAAAGGCGGAUAUAAUGCAAGACUUUUCCAUUUACAAGUAUUCUACUCAGAAUUAUCUGGUGGAGUCAUUGGGUGAGAUUUUGUAUGUGGGGAGAGUGAUAGGGAACUUUGUUAACCAUAAGGGCAUAGUCAUUGGUCAGACGGAUCUUCCUGAGGGGUUUGCUGUUAUUUGUCCCUAUAGAACUCUGCGGUUUUGCAUCCUCAAGUUGAACAUCACUGCCAAAAAGUGGGAGAAAGUAGAAUCAUCCCUGCGCAAUCGAGCUUUGUUUUUGGGCGGAAAUCAACCGAUGUCAGUGUCCACUAGGGAUUUUCCAGAAUUGGAAGAAAACUCAAUUUACUUCACAGAUGGUUAUGGGGGUCAUGAUAAUGGAGUUUACAACAUAGGAAAUAAAGUUGUGAAGCCAUUUGAUCAGCUUGAUAAGUGGAAAAUUGAUCCACCACCCUUCUGGAUUGUUCCUAAUCCAUGA